CCUUGUUGCGCGCGCAGCCUGAUGCCUUCAUCUUCCUGCUCCUCCUCCUGCUCCUCCCUGGCCUCCCUCCUCCCGCCGCCUCUGUCCUGCAUGUUUCGGGUUACUCCUUCUUCCCGGCUGGCCGGAGCGGGGCUGUAGCGCGGACCGGAUGUGCCCGGGGAAACCCGGGAGGUAUGGUUUCCGCCUGGGCGCCCGGGCCCCGUCAUGGCGCUGAGGCCUGACUAAGGGGAAGAUGAAUAAGGGCUGGCUGGAGCUGGAGAGCGACCCUGGGCUCUUCACACUCUUAGUGGAGGAUUUUGGUGUUAAGGGGGUGCAAGUUGAAGAAAUUUAUGAUCUACAGAGCAAAUGCCAAGGACCUGUCUACGGAUUUAUCUUCCUUUUCAAAUGGAUUGAAGAGCGUCGGUCCCGACGGAAAGUUUCUACUUUGGUAGAUGAGACCUCAGUGAUUGAUGAUGACAUUGUCAACAACAUGUUUUUUGCUCACCAGCUGAUUCCCAAUUCUUGUGCCACACAUGCAUUGUUAAGUGUACUCCUGAAUUGUAACAGUGUGGAUCUGGGACCAACGCUGAGCCGAAUGAAAGAAUUCACCAAAGGUUUUAGUCCAGAGAGCAAAGGUUAUGCCAUUGGAAAUGCCCCAGAACUGGCCAAGGCCCAUAACAGCCAUGCUAGACCAGAACCCCGACAUUUACCAGAAAAACAGAAUGGAAUUAGUGCUGUGCGGACCAUGGAAGCUUUUCAUUUUGUCAGCUAUGUCCCCAUUAAAGGACGGCUCUUUGAACUGGAUGGUCUAAAAGUUUUCCCCAUUGACCAUGGGCCCUGGGCAGAAGAUGAGGAAUGGACAGACAAAGCCAGGAGAGUUAUCAUGGAGAGGAUUGGACUUGCUACAGCAGGGGAACCAUAUCAUGACAUCCGCUUUAACUUGAUGGCUGUGGUACCCGACAGGAGAAUGAAAUAUGAAUCUAAGCUACAUAUCUUGAAGGUAAACCGUCAAACUGUACUGGAAGCUUUGCAGCAGCUCAUCCGAGUGACUCAACCUGAACUGGUACACACCCAGAAAUCUCAAGAGCUCCAGGCUUCUGAGGAGCCCAGGUCAACUAACAGCAAGAGCUCCACCCCACUGGAAGCAGGAAGAACACAGUUAAUUCCAGAGAGCUCCCAGGCAGAAGGUACUGAGGAUUCUAGAGCCCAAGACCUGCCGGUCUCAACCCAGAGCCCUCCAAGCAAGGCAAAGCUGAACAGUAAACCACACAUGAGCAGCCUAAAUGGGGCCCUGUCAGCCCCCAACCCUAUCAUGCAAAGACUGCCAGCUUUCUUGGAUAACCACAACUAUGCCAAGUCACCUAUGCAGGAGGAAGAGGACCUUGCAGCCGGCAUGGGCCGAAGCCGAGUCCCAGUCCCACAGCAUCAGCAAUACUCUGACGAUGAGGAUGACUAUGAGGAUGAGGAGGAGGAGGAAGUGUGUAAUACUAAUCCUGCCAUCAGUUACAAGAGGAAGGGGCUGGUGAAACAGGAGCACCUGAUGGGGAGCGGAGACAGCCAGCUGUCUAUGCUGCAGCCCAACACCAUCAAUGUCCUGGCGGAAAAGCUGAAAGAAACUCAAAAGGACCUCUCCAUUCCUUUGUCUAUUAAGACCAGCAGUGGAGGCACGGCGGUAGCUGUUGUUGCCCACUCUCAACCAUCUCCCACACCCAGCAAUGAAAGCACGGACACUGCCUCAGAGAUUGGAAGUGCCUUCAAUUCCCCUCUUCGCUCCCCCAUCCGAUCAGCUAAUCCCACUCGCCCUUCUAGUCCUGUCACUUCUCAUAUCUCCAAGGUGCUAUUUGGGGAGGAAGACAGCCUGCUCCGUGUAGACUGUAUACGCUACAACAGGGCUGUGAGAGAUUUGGGACCCAUCAUCAGUACUGGUUUGCUGCACCUCACAGAGGAGGGAGUUUUCUGCCCUCUUACUGUCACAGAGGGUGGAAAAAACUCCCUUCCAUCUAGCAAGUCAAAUGAAGAGGUUCAAAUUAGUGUAAAAGCAGAAGAAGUGGACUCUAAUGAGCCACGUGACAGCAAGGAGAAGGCUAGAAUUGGUCAGUCUACUGAUCCCCCUGCUGGGGAAAAGUAUGUUCCUAAAGAGCUCCUGGCAUUGCUUAAGUGUGUGGAGGCUGAAAUUGCAAAUUAUGAGGCCUGUUUAAAGGAGGAAGUAGAGAAAAGAAAGAAAUUCAAGAUUGAUGAUCAGAGAAGAACUCACAAUUAUGAUGAAUUUAUAUGUACUUUUAUCUCCAUGUUGGCACAAGAAGGAAUGUUGCCUAGCCUUGUUGAACAAAACAUCUCUGUUCGUAGACGGCAAGGGGUCAGCAUUGGGCGUCUCCACAAGCAGCGAAAGCCGGAUCGACGGAAACGUUCCAGGCCUUAUAAAGCUAAACGUCAAUAGUGUUUUGGACAGAACUCAGUAUCUUCUGAUUGCCUCUUUGAUAAUGUGGUGCAUAUUUCAUGUACUUCUUCACCAACCAGAGAGUGCUCAGGACAGAGCUUUGCACUGAAAUUGUCUGCACGUGAUCAGUAUUAGUGUGACUAAGUCUACCUGUAUUCAACUGGAUUUUAGACAUUGCUCCAGUGGUUUACCAUUUGGGCAUUCAAAGAUAAAUUUUCCCUCCAGAGGGGAUGUGAGAAGAAACAGGACCACUUGAGUGACUGACACUGCACUUGAAUAUGUUACUUAGCAACCUAGACCAAUAGGCCAUGCAUCUUGCAGUAGUAAAUGGUGGUCUUCAGAGGUGUUACGUGAACAUUGCUUAAAAAGAAAUAAGUAAAAUCUUUGCAGUUUUGCAGAAGUGCAUUUCAGUUAAGUUGAUGCAUUGUUUAGUUCAGAGAGAGUCAGAAUUAGCUAUAUCCUGAUUUUUGCUUUAUUUUCCAGGGGAACAGAUAUCUGCCUUACCUCUUUAAGUGUAUCAAGUUCAUCACUAUAAUUUUCAGGUAGCUGUUGAACUAUACUUCAGGCUCCCUUGCAACUGGUCUUCAAGUCCUGCAAAUUUUUCUCUUGAUAUUUUCCCCCCCAACUGGUGCUGAAGCAGAGAGGAACAUUUUCUUUAUGAGUUUUGUGUGUCCAGAGUAAGAUCUUUUUGUGUGAAGGUAUUUUUGUUCAUGUGUAACAGCAUGUAGUCUGGAAGCUAUUUUCUUUUCUUUUAUAUGUAUGGAAGCUAUGCACACACCAUAAUUCAAACUGUGAAAUUAACUUAUUUUUAGAUUUUCUUUGGCAGUUGCUUCCUUUUACUCAAAUUCUGCUGAGUAAAACCAUUUUUAGGAAAUUAAACCACGUGUGGAGAGACAAAGUGGCUGGGUGAUACAAAUUGCUAAAUGAAAAUACUGAACGAUACACACCACCACCCCAAUCCUUUUUUUGUAGUGAAUUGUUAGGACCAACAUUUUGAGAGAGAUCGGGAUAAAGUGCUUCAAUGGGAUAUGAAUCAUUGUUUGGCUUUGUUCAUGCUUACAUUUCAGGGGAAAAUGGAAAGAUUCUAUAGGAAAAUAAUUCCUGUACAUAAUGUAAUCUUACAGUCAAGCAGUGGAACGGUGAGCUUUGUAGUUGUCUAUAGUGUAAGGACAGGGGAAAUGUAGAGCAGAAAUGACUGGAGGCCCUAUGUUGGGAUGGCAAGACAACAAAGGAUGUGUCUCUGUAUUGUAGGAAUGUAGUCAUGUUUGCUUGGAGCCCUUCCAGCUCACUUCAAAGCUUGCAGGGAUGGUGAACCUGUGCAGAUUGUAAGUCCUCUGACAAGAUAGGGCACACAGUAAUAAUUUUGCAUUACUGAAUAAAUGGUAUUCCUUUCCUAUUGAUUAUGGUUAGAGCAUCUGGCUUAUUACUCUGCAAGAGUAUAGAUGAUAUUUGGCCAGCAGGAUCUGGUUUUGUCUUCCAGAGCUGCCCUCAGCAUCUUUGUAUCACAUCAUGACAAUCCUGUCAAUCUGCACCUCUCAUUCCAGUCCAUUUACAGUCUCUAAUUGCAGUGUAAUCGGUUAUCUAUCUACCCAGUCCUAAGACAAGUGUUGCCAGCUUCUCCUUAGUUAUAUGGCUUUACCUUUGUCCUGUAAGAACAGUCCUUUGUCAAUACAGCAGAUUUAUAAAUGUUUUUAAGCUUUUGGCAGAAUGAUAGCAAAUUUGCAUUAAAUUAUGCUAGCUAAUGGCCAGAGGAAUCUUGCAAAUUGUUUUUGGAAGAACAGUAUAAUGCUUCCUCUGCAACUUUUAUUCCAUGAAUAUGUACAGUUGAGUCUCUUAGUAUAGAUAUUAAAAUCAUCAUGAGAUUCAAAAGAUCAAAGGGAAAAGGGAAUAGUUCCUGAGAAGGUGGUGAAAUAUAUUUGCUUUCUUUGCAAAUAUGUACAGUGCCUGACUGUAGAAUUACUAUUUUUUAUUUGUUGACAGAAUCAACUGUCUUUUGAAUUGUCAAGUACUGUAAAUAUCAGUUCUGUUAAAAACAAAAUGUAUCUCUAGCCUUCUGGAAAUGGUGAUAAUGGAAUCCAUACACCAGAAAAGAUGUACCAAUAGCUCUGUAGUGAAUUGGAAUUAGGGUAACAUUUCUGAAUAAGAAAUAACUCGGCAUGGCUAUUCUAUACACCUGAGAAAACAUUACACUAUGCUAUAUGUCAACCUUGUGUUCUUAACUGCAGUACCUAAUUUUGUAAUAUUUGGGAUCUGCUGUGGAGACUGAGAAUAAUUUUGCCAGGAACAUAUUAAAUUAGUGCUGUAAGAUCAUCUCUGAGAUCUAUGGUAGCUUAAAUAUAACACAACAUAAAUUUUAUUAUUAUACACCUUAA